ACAAUGAUCAAUGAAACAGCACUGACCGAAUUUCUCAUCUUGGGCUUCUCUGGUCUUCAGGAGCUGCAGCUGUUGCUCUUCUCAUUCUUUCUUAUCACAUACAUCUGCACUCUGGUGGGGAACAUCUCCAUCAUUACCAUUGCCUGCCUGGACCCUCAGCUUCACACACCCAUGUACUUCUUCCUAGGGAACCUCUCUUUUCUGGAUAUCUGUUAUACCAGCACCAAUGUCCCUCAGAUGCUGGUCCACCUUCUCUCAGAGAAAAAAAGCAUCCCAUAUGCCAGUUGUGUAACUCAGCUUUAUUUCUUUGUCUCAUUUGUGGGUACCGAGUGCAUCCUGCUGGCUGCCAUGGCCUAUGACCGCUUUGUAGCUAUAUGCCACCCUUUGCACUAUACAACCACCAUGAAGAAAGGGUUUUGUCUCCAGUUGUCCGGUGCCUGUUGGGCAAGUGGUUUUCUCAACUCAGCUGUGCACACCUACUUUACCUUCCAACUACCAUUCUGUGGGGUGAAUCAGCUCAAUUAUUUCUUUUGUGAUAUCCCUCCUCUUCUGAAGAUUUCUUGUGGAGACACUUCCCUCAAUGAGAUCAUUCUUCUUGUCAUUGGGGUCUUCAUAGGAUGGACCCCAUUUGUCUGCAUUGUUCUCUCUUAUGUCUACAUCAUCUCCACUAUCUUGAAGAUACGCUCCACUGAAGGAAGGCUCAAAGCCUUCUCUACCUGUGCCUCACACCUGACCAUUGUCCUCUUGUAUUAUGGGAGUGCCAUCUUCACCUACGUCCGUCCAAUUUCUACCUACUCUUUAGACAAAGAUAGAAUAAUUUCUGUCAUUUACAGCAUUGUCACACCCAUGCUGAACCCUUUAAUCUAUACCUUGAGAAACAAAGUUAUUAAGGGUGCAGUGAAAAGUAUAUUUAUGGGGAAGCUGUAUUUAAAAUGA